AUGGCUGACACUGCUUCUGCCACUCCUACCACACCUACUGGUACUGCUUCCUCCGCUCCUACUGCCCCCAUUGCCGACAAUGUGCAACCCCUUGGUACUGACGGCGUGCAGCCUUGCGUUCCACAUACCCACACCUCUCCCACUAUUACCCAGCUUUUGAAGAACCUGUCGCUGACCAACAUCCUACACUGGAACAAACAAAUUGAGGCAGAUAAUGAUGCCAGAUCUGCCAAGACAUUGAAUAACGCUCUAGACCCCGUCAGCCACCCUCAACCGGGAUCAGAAGUUGCCUCCUUGAUCACUAUCGAUCCUGAGGAUCUUGCCCGAUUAAGGGUCCCCUCCUUCUUUGCUUCCGUCUGUGAUUUCAUUUACAGCAGCCUUGUGAGGCAUCUUGCUGAUGAGGAGUUGAAAGAAAAAGAAGAGAAGAAGAGGAAGGAUGACGAUAUUCUUGCUGAGGAUGCCAGGGUCUCCAAAAGACAGUGUAUGGAUGGUUCCAACCACGUUGAGAGGGUGGUUGGGGAGCCUAUUCCUAUUGAAUUCCCACAGUCUUUAUAUGACACUGAACUUUGUGUUGCAGUUCCUCUUCCUUUCUUUCUCACCCAGAAUUUAUGGUUCCUUGUUGAUGAGGCAUCAACCCUUCCUACUGUCAAGUCUAACCCUGCACCCAGUGAGACCAAGGGCACUUAUAUUCUAAAUAUAGAGAAACUCUCCAACCAUUUUGGAAAGGAAUUAACCCUUACUUGUAGCCAGUGGUCUGAGGCUGCUGCUAAUAUGUGGAGCUUUCAGAUCUUGAGGGACAAGUCAGGCAGUGAAGGCGAACAUGCCACUUGGUUUGAAAAGCAUUUCAAUUUUUUUAACAUGUUGAACAAGAGAGAUGAAUUAUAUGACACGUGGAAGGUCAUGGAACUCGAGUCCUGCCAGGACCACCACAGCUGCCACCUCAAGUUCAGUGCUACAGACUAUGACAAGGCAUUGGGUCUUACUGAGGAGAGCCAUAACUUGACUCAUAAGCUGCGCAAAGAAUUACAGGACUUUGUCAAUUCUUCCCAGAUGGCAACUGGGCGGCCUCAGGGUCCGCCUUACCAGGCUAAUGGUUCCUUUUCUCAAAGGGUCCCACCAUAA